CGUGCCUUGACUGCCUUUCUCCGGCAGCUGCCAAUUCUCCUCUGGCUCUCUCUAGGCUGAGUGGGGAAUUGAGUGCCAUACAGCUGGUCAGUGGCUGGACAGAGAUCUUUGAGAAGAUAGGCAUCCCAGAGGCCCCAGAAUACAGAUGCCUGUGCAGUACAUCCUUGGGGACUGGGACUUUUGUUGGCUCAAUCUGAAGAUGACACCCCCAGUGUUCAUUCCUCGACUAGAGACAGAGGAAACCAGGGAACUGGUAGAAUGGGUGCUGGAGGAGGUAGUCCAGCAUCCCCAUGUGGCUGGAACCCACAGUGACCCUCUCAUUCUGGAGGUGGGCUGUGAUUCAGGAGCAGUUUUGCUCAGCCUGUUGAACCAGCUUCAUGAGAGCCAAGUCAUUGCUGUGGAUAAGGAUGAAGCCUCCAUCAGACUGACCCAGAACAAUGCUCAAAGGCUUAGGCUGCCAGACAGAAUUUGGAUCAUCCCCCUUGAUGUGACCUUAGAGGGGAGCUGGAUACUCCUUUUGCCCUGGGCACCCCUGGAUCCAGUUACCAGCAACCCUCCCAAUGUCUUCCACCAGGACAUGGAGCAGCUGGCCCCAGAAAUCCUCAGGGUCUACAAUGAAUCCUAA